AUGCCACCAAAUCUAAGCAUCGAACAAUCGACAACUGGCAUUCUUGAGCCACAAGAAGCCGACACCAUUGAUGGUGGCCUGGUUAAGGACAUUGAACAGCUGAAACAUGCCAAAGAUCGUAAAUUACAGAUCGUUUGGCGUAAUGUCAUUAUAUUUGUCUAUGCUAACUAUUCGGCCCUUUAUGGAUUAUAUUUGCUGUGCACCACGUGGAUGAAAUGGCAGACUCUGGUCAUGAUGUAUUUGGGUGGUUUUGGCAUUACAGUUGGUGCCCAUCGUUUGUGGGCUCACCGGGCGUAUAAAGCCAAACUACCAAUGCGUAUUAUGUUGAUGAUCUUCAAUACAAUGUCAUUCCAAAAUCCCAUCUAUAUAUGGGUGCGAGAUCAUCGAGUGCAUCAUAAAUUCUCUGAAACUGAUGCUGAUCCACAUAAUGCCAUGCGUGGAUUCUUUUUCUCACACGUUGGCUGGCUGCUGGUGAGGAAACAUCCUGAUGUUAUAACUAAGGGAAAAACUGUCGAUUUGUCGGAUUUGAAAGCGGAUCCUGUGGUUAUGUUUCAAUUGAAGCACUAUGGCGUCUUGAUGUACACAUUGACAUUCAUUUUGCCCACCAUCAUACCCAUGAUCUGCUGGGGUGAAACCAUGGAAAAUGCCUGGUAUUUCUGUACCGUCUUCCGUUGGUAUUUCAUUUUGAAUGGUACCUGGUGCAUUAACAGUGUCUGUCAUUUGUUCGGCAAUAAGCCAUACGAUAAGAGCUAUAAUCCCGGUGAAAAUCAUGCCUUCUCGGGUGUAACCAUUGGCGAAUGCUAUCACAAUUAUCAUCAUGUCUUCCCCUGGGAUUACAAGGCAGCCGAAUUGGGUGGUUCACGUAAUAACAUCAGUGCCGCUGUUAUAGAAUUUUUUGCCAAAAUCGGUUGGGCCUAUGACAUGAAGACGGUAUCACCAGAUAUUAUUAGAAGCCGUGUAUUGCGCACCGGUGAUGGAACACAUCCAGUUUGGGGUUGGGGUGAUAAAGAUCAGACCAAAGAAGAAAUUGAAAGUGCGGUUAUUGUUAACAACAAUAAUAAUGAUGUAAAGAAAUAG